AUGGGUAUAUCCGCUCCAAUCAAACAGGUUCUCGCAAAGUUCCCGCUGGUGGUGUACCCGUCGGAAAACAAGGACGUGGAGAUGCCGGCAACGAAGCUGGCGUUUCGAAACAGCCACGAGUCGUGCAAUACCUUCAACCUAGGCGUAUACAACGUGGUGCCUCUGUCUUUUGACAACAACGUCGCAGCGUCGCUCGACCCGGUGUGUUUCUACUGCAUGCUGCUUCUGGCAUACAAGCAGGGCUACAAAUUGCCACAACUGGACGAUAACGGCUCUGGGAACUGUAUUUCCGUGCUGUCCUACCACAGCGCCGUGGACGGCCAACUUCCAAUUCUUGUGGAGGACGAGGACGAUAGAAAAGAACGCAAAUUGCGCAGAAAGAUCCGUUCUGCAGCCACCAUUGAGAAAUUCAAUCUAUCAACGGUAUCGAACCCAAAAGAACUCAUGUAUAUACAAUUGGUCGAUACUAGACUAUACGACUACUUCACUGCCAAAGUGCUGCGGAUCUCGGCAACGUCCAUCUACAGUCAGUCCAACACGCCCUUCAAUUCCGCUCUGGGCCAUCUCGUGAGACGAAACAGCUUCUAUCUGCGCAAUCCAGCCAUUUCUGCCCAAUACACGGACUCUGUUCAUCUACCUCUCAAAUACACUGCCCAAGCCAUACAAAACGAGCACGACCGCUGCGACCGCGAGGGAAAGCAGCUCCUCGGGUGGUUUGAGACAUUGCUCGAGGACGAGCUAUUUUUCGACAAACCCGGCGUGCUGGACUUCAAGCUGGCCGCCUAUAUCUAUGCUCUGAUGAAUAUCGAGGACGUUGAGCUCGAGUAUCCGAAAUUGAAGGCUCACUGUCGCAGAAUCAUAGCAGGCGUCAUAUAG